UGCUCACCUUAGCUGCCGCCGGAAGCAGCCCGUGUUUGUGUUUUCUUCCAGUAUUUGGGUUUCCUUUUUUUGGUGGGUUCGCCGCCUGAGGCUGAGUGAGGCUUAGCGGGUGGAGCUGGAGAGGCAAAAUCGAGCUGAAACUUGGGUAACAUGGAUAUUUGAGGUCAGAGAUCCUCUGGAAGCGGCAUCUCGUGAAGGACUGGAACCAGUUGAUUUAAGGCAAGACCCUCCACCAACAGUUACAACUUGCUUUAAUGGAGUACUCACUUUAUGGAGGUUGUCUGGAACAAACCUGCAGUAUCUUCAAGGGAUUGAAGAAUGAUCUGAAAGCAGCUUUGGAUAAGAUCGAUCAGCAAUACCCGAAUGAACUGGAUGAUCAAGAACCUGGAGAGGAAGACACACAGAAUGAUUUGAAAUUUCUAAAAAACACCACAAUUGAAGAGUUAGAGGCAUUGGCAGAAUCUUCAGGGAAAGGUGAUGAUCGUAGAGAGAUGGACAUCAUCACCAAAUUCCAUAAGUUCCUUCCUGGCCUUUGGGCUGAAGAACUGAACGCCAGGGAAGACCCUGUGAAAAGGGCAGUGCAGGGCAAACUGAGCGGGGCUCACGCUCGGAGACAGGCCGAGUCCUCCCUCAGACCCCUUUUCAGAAAGCUGUCGAAAAGGAAUCUUCCUGCUGCUAUUAAAGAGCCCAUAAUACAUAUUACUAAAUUCAUGUUGCAAAGACAAUAUGUGAAGGCUAAUGGUUUUUAUCUUCAGAUGGCUCAUGGAAAUGCCCCUUGACCCCAUGUCAUGAUGGUUGGUAUCCAUGCCAGAGCUGGUAGGGAAAAGAUGUUUUCCAAGCAUGUUGCACAUGUUUUAAAUGAUGAAACACAGAGGAAAUACAUUCAGAGAAGCAUUUUGGAGGGAAAGACAUUUCUCUGGAGAUGGCUGUGGUUCUUUUCUGCCAUUUUCCUCUACGCCAUUGCUUAA